AUGACCUCCUCAGCUCGUCCUUCACUGUCGCCCUCCUCAUCAACACAUCUGUCAUCCCUCGGCGGUGUGCGUCACAAAGGAAACCUCGCGCCACGACGAACAAAGUACCGCAAGGCGCACAAGAUUACGAUCCCAUUCAACACCGGUGGCUCCACCAAGGGUACCACCGUCCAAGAGGGCGCCUACGGGAUCCGUCUUCUCGCUCCCGCCCGUUUGUCCGCGAAACAGCUCGUUGCCGCCGAAACAGCACUCAAGCGCAAGCUCAAAGUGGUCAAAGGAGCCCAAGUCUUCCUCCGCGUCUUCCCCGACAUCCCCGUCUGCAUCAAGGGCAACGAAACACGUAUGGGCAAAGGAAAGGGCACGUUCGAAUACUGGGCCUGCAGAGCCAACAUGGGCAAGGUGAUCUUUGAAAUCGGCGGGCCCGUGGAGAUCAGACCAGAGGUGGCAAAGGAGGCGCUCAGGUUGGCCAGCGCAAAGCUGCCCGUGCCGACCGAGUUUGUUACGACAGCUUCGAGGCCUAGAAUCGGAAGCAAAAUUGUAGAGCCGGAGGAGAACGUGGUGGUAGCAGCGGAGGAGACGGCUCCGGGUCAGCUAGGUGGGAGUGUGAGUGCUGCAGUGCCUGCGGCAUCGGCAUGA